AUGACUCUCGGUGAUGGCAAUAUCGAGUGUUAUGUGGGCUCACCGACACCUGGACAAAGCACGGCUCAAGUUGCAACAGCGACAUUGUGUGCAAAUUGCAAAUAUUGUCUGAAAUUGAGUGGAACUCUCGGCGGAGCGACGUUUACUUAUCGAGGCUGUGGAUGCUUGAAUCAGCAAUAUCCCUACACUUGUUCGUCAACGCAAACGCAAAGCAGCAUCUCGAGUGUUCCAGGUUUUUCGGGAAACGCCUACUGUUGUUCAGGAGAUCGUUGCAAUGCGGCUCCAACUUCUUCAGUUCUCAUCAUCGGCCUUCUUCUCUGCAUCACCUUUUUC